AUGUCUAUCAAGAACGGAUUAACAGUCGACACAUUUACCCAACAGGGCCAUGUUAGAACUGCAUGGAUUGCUUAUUUCACUCUCUUUGUCUUCUGGGGACUGUUCUACUGUCUUCGCCAUCUUUCCAAGGCUGAAAGAAACCAUGGGCCUGGUCCCGAACAUGAUAUCGAAGGCAGACACACUACUGAGGAAAGACAUGGAAGUAGCGAAAAGGUUCCUGCCUGGAAGCUAAAGAACGGAUUCCAUAGUCCUUUAAAGAGAGCCCACAGAUUGGCCUUUGAAAAUAUGAUGCUGUUGCUGACUGUCUUGGUUCUCGACACGUUUGGUAGUGGUUCUGGCCGUGCUGUAAUGAUCAUAGCUUGGAUUUACGUCGGAUUCACUAUCUUGAUCUCGCUCACUGAGUUAAUGAUCGAUAACCGCUACUAUCGCUUUAUGUACAGCCUCAUGUUUUACGGUCUAACUCUCGCGAUCGGAGGUCUUGCUUUCAAGCAAGGCUGGUAA